AUGAAGACCGCUUGCAUUGUCCUGUCGCUCCUCAUCCUCGUGGCCAUCAUGGCGGUCUGCGUCAUGGUCAAGUUCGCGACUGACAUCAACGUGGAAGAGAAGAAAAGGGACUAUCUUUUCAAUUCGAACGUGUACAGUUUCACCAGGUCAAUGGGCGUCAUCAACUUGAAAGACAACAGCUCUUCCGACAACUUCGAGAGGUUUCCGUACGUCGCCGCUAUCACGAGAAACUCCUCAUCCACCUGGACCUUCGCUUGCUUCGCCAGCGUCAUCUUGACCAAAUGGGUCAUCACCGCAGCCCACUGCAGAACCAGAGGGGCUACCCACAGAGUGCUGUUAUAUUACGACUUGUCUACUAACAGAAGCCAGACUUACCCAAUCUUGAUCUGGAGACUUUAUGAGAAGUUCAAUUACAGUUCGCGAGGGAAAUAUGACAUAGCUGUAGCUAAAUUAAAUGUGGAUUAUUACCCUUUUAAUAUGAGGCCGGCGGUGUUUGACAAUAAGUUCGUGCCGGCGUUAAUUCAAGCCAGCAUUUGGAGGACUGUCUCCACGAUGCACAAGAAGCUGUUUCUCACAGAUGAUUUCACGACUUACGACCUCAAAAUCGCGGACGGCAUCAAGUGUAUAGAAGCAUACGGCGUCGAUUUAGACGAGUCGUUAAUUUGCGUGGAUUUGUCGAAUUACGAUGACUGUUUCAUUCACGAAUUCGGCCCUAUUUUCUACGGAGACAAGAUCGUGGGCGUCCUGACAGAGAGACCCAGAGACUGUGACAAUAAAUAUGCGAUAUUCACAAAUGUCUCCUAUUAUUCCGACUGGAUUUUAAAGUCGACACACACGACGUUUUACGGGUAA